AUGACUGACAGAAUCCAGUCCAAGAUCAUCCAGGGAAUUGUCAAGCAGAGUUCCAUCGAGGUACCCGUCAAUGGACUCCGCGUCAUGUUCGAGUUGCUGUGUGCAAGCAAGCGUCUCUCUUGCACAUUAGAUACGUUCGCUCAACUCAGCCAAGAGGGGUUACUCCCUUCGCCGAGCGGCCAUCGCUGCCUCAGACACGAUAUCAUGGAACUCAUUUUUGCGGCUCGUUCUAACGACUUCGAUUUCGAACGCAUCAAACCUCUUCUAAUCUCAACCCUCGGUAGCGAUCCAGACAGUACAGUUUUCUGGGAUCAAGUCUAUAAUGCCGUCACCCCACCGGACCAAGCUUGUGGGCCGAUUCCUCCCUCGCCUCCAAAUGCCUCCUGGCUACUCAAUAGGACUAACUUCUCGAACUCUCCAAAUAACCGCCAAAUUUUGAAUGGUAUUCUCAAGCGAGUCCUGGGUGCUAUCUAUGCCGGAAUCCUCCAAUUCGACGAAGCAUUCUUUGGGGCGUUGGCAGAUCUUGUGUUGCUAUCCGGACGCAUCUUCACGACGCGGGCAGACUACAACAAUCUUCCAAACAGAGGCAUUCGAGACACCUUAUUGCAUUGCCAGGUCGACUCCACUGAAGGCUUCUAUCGUUUUUUGCGCGAGGGCAACUACGAAAAGAGAGUCAUCUAUGUCGACAUACUGGACAUCAGCAUUAUCCCCGAGGACUCGAGAACGUCCGGUUAUGAGCUUGUUCGUAACCUAUCGCAACUCAGCGGAUGGUUCGAGGAGUGGGAUACGUUGACAGUCUUGAAGAUCGGUAAGGAGAUUUACUGCGUCCAAGAUCAUUUCAGCCCCCAUGAAAUACCUCCGAAGAAAGUAGUGAGAGACUACCCAUUCUUCGACAUUCUCGAUCUUCGCCUCGUGGCUCGCCUGACACCAACCGUCACGUACGUUGAUAACGGAUCAGAAUUAUGCUAUCUGAAGAUGGCGCCUUUUCGCUCGGACGUUGACGCGGUUUCUCAAGAACUGGAGGCCUAUCACGUUCUGGCAAGAAGAAAUCCGCGGCUGAGACGUGAGUUCCUUGGCUAUGCGUUUGAAGGACCACGUGAACGUGUCGUCGGAUACCUUGUAAAAGCAACACAUGCGCCGACAGCCCAACAUUUCCAAUCUGGAGGAGUUUGA